AUGAAGCUGUGGGUGCAGAUUCACCUGAUAGUGUCAUCUCAUCCGAGGACCAUGAGUAAUCAGACUCUGGUAACAGAAUUUAUUCUGCAGGGCUUUUCAGAGCACCCAGAAUACCGUGUGCUCUUAUUUAGCUGUUUCCUAUCCCUCUACUCUGUGGCUAUGACAGGUAAUAUCCUCAUUAUUUUGGCCAUUACCUUCAACCCUGGGCUCCACACCCCCAUGUACUUUUUCCUCUUCAACUUGGCUACUAUGGAUGUUAUCUGCACGACCUCUAUCAUGCCCAAAGCCCUGGAAGGUCUGGUGUCAGAGGAGAGCUCUAUAUCCUAUGGGGGCUGCAUGGCUCAGCUCUAUUUUCUCACUUGGUCUGCAUCUUCUGAGCUGCUCCUCCUCACAGUCAUGGCCUACGAUCGGUACGCAGCUAUCUGCCACCCUCUGCACUACAGCACCAUGAUGAGUAAGUCAUUCUGUAGUGUGUUGGCCACGGGUGUAUGGGUGCUCUGUGCCUUCAACACAGCCAUUCACACUGGGUUGAUGUUACGCUUGAAUUUCUGUGGCCCCAAUGUCAUUACCCAUUUCUUUUGUGAGGUUCCUCCCUUGUUACUUCUAUCUUGUAGUUCCACGUAUGUGAACAGUGUCAUGAUUGUCCUAGCUGAUGCCUUUUAUGGCAUACUGAACUUCCUGAUGACCAUUGUGUCCUAUGCUUUCAUCAUCUCCAGCAUCCUAAAGAUGCGAACUGCAGAGGGGAAGAAGAAAGCCUUCUCUACCUGCUCUUCCCACCUCAUCGUGGUGUGCAUGUAUUAUACAGCUGUCUUUUAUGCGUACAUAAGCCCUGUCUCCAGCUAUAAUGCUGAGAAGAGCAAGUUGGCUGGUGUGUUGUAUACCAUGUUGAGUCCUACUCUCAACCCCCUCAUCUAUACUUUAAGAAACAAGGAGGUCAAAGCAGCGCUCAGGAAGCUUUUUCCCUCCUUCAGAAGCUAG